CAUCCAAAUGCCAAUAGUUUUACAAAGUCCGUCGUUCAUUGUAAAAUCUGUUGAUUAGGCUGUUAUUAGUAUUAGUAGUCUCAAGAACGACUUCUCGAGCCGCGAUCACACACAGAAUGGCAUUGGCUGUGAGUAUAUAGUGAUUCAUUUAAUAUUAGAAUACAGAAUAUUGAACAAUGGAAUUCUUUAGACUGCGACUGGAUACCUGCUUUAAAAAAGACUAAUUAACGAUAAGUUAAAAAGCUGCACUUAAAUUAUAAUUAAUUACUGAGAUGUCGGACGAUACUUUGAUACAUAUCAAAAGCAGAAUUUUGGAAUUGUUUUCCGAAUUGGACGAAGGCGAAAUGGAUUACAUUGAUAAAUGGAUUUCUAGUCAUUCUUACAAAAAAGAUUUGCAAAAUAAAGUAACACUUGAUAGUGCUGAGAAAUGUUUAAUUAAAAUUGCAAAGACUAUUAAAAAAUUAGUGCCUUUCGAAGCUGAAAUGCCAUCAGAGAAUAUUGUACCACCCACUGUUGGGAACCAGGCCGACUGUACAAAAGAAUCCACCUGCCAUAUUGAUGAGUUUCUUUAUGACCAUAAAGAUCUAGAAGAUCUCACUAAACAAGGGAAAAUUAAAAGACAUUAUUGUUUGGAUUGUAACUCACGUAAUAUUCAGGAAUUAACUUUAAUAUCACAUUCAUUGUCUAGACAGACUUUAUUGUAUAUUUUCAAAUUUCUUCUGCCAAAAGACUUGGAAAACAAACAAAUUCUGGAUUUGGGGUCUAGACUAGGUGCAGUACUUUAUGGGGCUUACUACUUUUCUAAUGUGGGAAACAUUGUGGGAGUUGAAAUAAAUAAAGAAUGUUGUGAUCUGCAAGAAACUAUUAUUGGCCAAUAUGCAAUGGAUACUGACAGGAUAAAAGUUAUCCACACAGACAUUCUAGAUAGAAGUGAUGUAGUACAGAAUUCCGACAUCAUAGUGGUCAACUGUCUAGAUCAUUUUGUGGAUGUAGAUAAACAUAAACAAAUAUGGUAUUUCCUUAAGAAACACAUUAAAAAAGGAAGUUACUUGAUCACAGUCAGAAGUAUGGCUGAUACAUUGAUUGCUCUGGAUAUGUUUGAAGAGCUGUCCAAUUGGCUUAACAUUUGUAAACCAAAUCAAUUGGAAAAUGAAAUAUUUUUUGAUAUUGAAGAUUGUAAUGAAAUAUAUUUAUAUACUGUGAAUUAAAUAAUAAACCAGAUUUUGUACUGUU